AUGGUCAUGGACGUCGCUCGUACGUCCAUGAUCCAUGCGGGUGCCCCCCAUUUUCUGUGGCCGUUUGCGGUUCAUUUCGCACCGCAUCAGCUCAGCCUCCAGCCCCGGGUCUCCUUGCCAGAGACCUCCCCCACCUUGCGGUGGACGGGGAAGGUUGGCGAUGCGUCUGCGUUUCGAGUCUGGGGAUCUCGGGCGUUUGUCCGCGACUUGUCUACGGACAAGCUGUCCCCCCGUGCUGUUCCCUGCGUCUUCCUUGGCUUCCCCCCUGACACGCGUGGGUGGCAGUUUUACCACCCCACCUCGCGCCGUGUUCUGUCCUCCCAGGACGUUAGCUUUGACGAGUCGGUGCCUUACUACCGUCUCUUCCCCUACCGCACUGCGCCCCUCCCCCCCCCGCCGAUCUUCCUUGCGCCAGGUCCUCCCCCGGUAGACCCCCUCCCCCCUCAGGGUCCUGCCCUGUCAGGUGUGUCCCAGGUAGAUGCAGUCGAGCCUGUCGAGGUAGCUGUUGAGUCUGGUGCUGCUAGAGGUGCUGAGCCUGCGGGUGCCGGGUCUGGAGGUGCUGAGCCUGGGGGUGAGGAGCCUGGGGGUGCUGAGUCCAGGGGCGCGGAGCCUGGGGGUGCUGAGCCUGGGGGUGCUGAGUCUGGGGGUGCUGAGUCUGGGGGUGCUGAGUCUGAGGGUGCUGAGCCUGGGGGUGCGGAGCCUGGGGGUGCGGAGCUUGGGGGUGCUGGGUCUGCUCGUGUGGCCUCUCACGGUGCUUCGUCGAGACGGGAGCCACUCUCUCCGCGGGAGCUGCGCGAGUGGUUUGCCCGGCGCUGGAGCCGUGCUGCUGGAGCCGGAGGUACUCGUACUGGCGGUGCUGGAGCUGCUGGGACUGGGGGUGCUGCUGGAGUUGCUGGAGUUGGUCCUGCUGGAGGUACUGCUGGAGCUGCUGGCGGUACUGGAGCUGUCGGUCCUGCUGCAGCUGGAGCUGCUGGAGCUGGAGCUGCUGGGGGUGUUGGCGCUGGUGGUUCUGCUGGCGCUAGUGCUGCUGCUGAGGGUACUGGUGCUGUCCCUGCUGGUUCUGGAGGCGCUGCGGAGCCGAGGCCGUACUUCGUUCCGCUCCUUGAGCAGUCGCGGUCACAGUUACAGCCCGCCUCCCCCCUACCUGCUCCUUCUACCUACACUGGUCCUACUGGAGAUCUUGCUGAGCGUCGUAAGCCUGCGUCUCAUCCUGCGUCGCCUGUUCGUGCUGCUCGCACUAGUGGUCUUGCUCCGCGUCCGCGUCCUCCUGCGGUCCCGAGCACACACCAGAUGGCACUGCGUCCUUCCACUGCUCCUCUGCGUGUCCCGUUGCCGUCUCCUCCAGAGUCCUCUCUUCCUACUCUUACUGACCCGGAGUCUGACUCUCUUCGUGCUGCCAGUCCUACUGUUACGCGUCUCCUGGCUACUGUUGUCACUGACCCUUCUUUUGAGUCCACUACUGCGUCUGCCUUAGUUGCUGAGCUUGUCGACUUUACUGCUCUUUGCCGUCUAGACUACGCUGCCAAUCUUGUUGCUGAGUCUGAGUCUGUCUGUCCUCCGUCCGUCGGGGGUGAGUGUGCUCUUAGCACGGACGUCCUUGAGGACAAGCAGGAGUUCCAGUGUUUUGCUACUGCUUUGCCUCAUCUCGUGUCCACGCUGAUUGCCCCUGAGGGAGACCCGGAUGUACCAGACAUCCCGACUCCUCGAUCGUACGCUGAGGCGUUCGAGGGUCCCUACUCCUCUCAGUGGCAGUCAGCCAUGGACGCAGAGAUGGCUUCCUGGAAGUCCACAGGCACCUACGUCGACGAGGUUCCCCCACGUGGGGCGAACAUCGUCAGUGGCAUGUGGAUUUUCAGGGUGAAGCGGCCGCCGGGUUCUUCGCCUGUCUUCCAGGCGCGUUACAUGACCACUCUUCGGGUGCUGCUGCACAUAGCCGCUCAGCGCGACUACGAGCUCCACUCUCUUGACUUCAACACAGCUUUCCUGCAGGGCAGCCUGCACGAGGAGAUCUGGCUGCGCCGCCCACCUGGCUUCACUGGGUCGUUUCCUCCUGGUACCCAGUGGAGCCUCCGGCGGCCAGUCUACGGUCUCCGCCAGGCACCUCGUGAGUGGCACGACACAAUGAGGACUACACUUGCGGCUCUUGGCUUUGCUCCUUCUACAGCCGACCCGUCGCUGUUUUUGCGCACCGACACUUCUUUGCCGCCGUUGUACAUCCUCGUGUACGUCGACGACUUGGUCUUUGCCACAGCUGACACUGCUGGACUCGCCCACGUGAAGUCCGAGCUGCAGAAGAGACACACGUGCACAAACCUGGGUGAACUGCGCAGCUACCUUGGCUUGCAGAUCACCCGGGACAGAGCACAGCGCACCAUUACCCUGACUCAGUCACACAUGGUGCAGCAGGUCCUUCAGCGCUUCGACUUCACGUACUCCUCGCCUCAGGCCACUCCUCUGUCUACUCGCCACUCGCUCUCAGCUCUGCCUUCGGAUGAGUCCGUAGAGCCGAGUGGCCCGUACCCAGAGCUUGUUGGCUGCCUCAUGUACCUGAUGACCUGCACACGACCUGACCUUGCAUACCCUCUUAGCAUCUUGGCAUGCUAUGUUGCUCCUGGGAGACACCGACCAGAGCACAUGGCUGCAGCGAAGAGGGUGUUGCGCUACUUGUGCAGUACGUCGGGCAUGGGGCUAGUGCUUGGAGGGCGACGUCGAGUGGUCCUCAUAGGUCACGCAGACGCUUCUUGGGCUGACGACCAGGCUACGCAGCGGUCGUCACAGGGUUACACCUUCAGCCUUGGCUCCGGCUCUGUUUCGUGGCGGUCUACCUGCUCGUCUUCUGUUCUCGGCUCCAGCUGUGAGGCUGAGAUCUACACGGGGGCCGUGGCUGCACAGGAGCUACGCUGGCUCACCUACCUGCUGACUGACCUAGGAGAGCCACCUCGUUCUCCUCCUGUUCUGUACGUAGACAACAAGGCCAUGCUGGCCUUGUGUCGGGAGCACAGACUGGAGCACAGAACGAAGCACAUUGCUCUCCGCUACUUCCUUGCUCGUGAGCUGCAGCAGCGCGGCCAGCUGCGCCUUGCUUACGUGGCCUCUGAGGCCAACACUGCUGAUAUCUUUACCAAGGCACUUCCGCCUGGUGAUCAUCAGCGCUUUUGUACUAUGCUAGGUCUUGUGCCUACUUGGCCUCACUUGCUCACUUCUUGA